AUGAUGAACCUCGACCAGCUUACGUUGUUCAAUAAAAGUGUAAGCAACGAGAGACUGGCGCUCGUGGCGGCUAGGCAUGAGCUUGACCGGUUCGUCAGGAGCAAAGACACUGCUCCUCUUAACCGCAAUGUUAGGGAGUAUGUAAAGGCAGUUAAACAAGGAGAUGAUCAUAAAAACUUGACAGUUCGAAGUCCAGAUAUCUUGGCUGCUAUUGUCGAAGCUCUAGCCGGUGCUGUUUAUUUAGAUCUCAAUUUUGAUCUCACCAAGCUGUGGACGAUAUUUAAAGAUGUAUUAAUGAUAGAUGAAAUUACGGUGCCCAACGAUUUUGAAUCUUCUGAGAUUAAUGGAGCACAAACUGAGCUAUAUGGAUUGUGUGGCAAGAGAAACUGGGGAAAACCAGUUUACAGCCUAGUGAAAGCUGACCGUUGCCAAUACGAAAUGAAAUAUGUAUAUUCAGUUGAAGUUGAAACAGACGCUGGUGUUUGCCGCCACAAGGGUGAUGAAAAAUCAACCCCAAAAGAUGCCCGUAACUCUGCUGCUUACCUUUUGCUUCGUUCCCUGCAAUAAUUUUCUAUUAUAUGAGUCUCUUGGAUCAUAUCUAUGGGGUAUAUGAAUAAUAUUAUCGAAUUUGGGUGAGUGUGGAAUAUGAAUACAUAUCCGUUACUGUUAUACACCAUUCGAAAAUUGAUACCCUCGUGUACUCAUAUUGGUAUAUGCGUGUUGGAUUUUACUCUAGAAGCAACAUAUAUUGGCAAUUUAGGCAGCUUUAGAUUGCGACUUUGAUGUUGUGGUACCUUUGGAUAGUAAAUUUGUAGUCUGAAAAUUUCUGAUCGUUGAGCAAUGAUGGUUCUUGAACCAAGAAAACAGUUUUUUUUUUCCCCUUUAAACCCAACGAACCAUAGUUGUAUUUGUAAUUGAGGGAUAAAUCAUUCCGGAGGUAUAUGGAUUGUGUGAUUGGUUCGAUUUUGUCGUUUCAAAUAUGCUUAUUGAUCGGGGUGGGCG